AUGAAGUUCUCCUUCCUGACCGUGGCCAGCCUCCUUUGGGGGCAGGUGGCCCUGGCCGCCCCCAGCGCAAACAAAUUCGCCAGCACGUCGGGCCUACAGUUCUCCAUCGACGGCAAAACAGGCUACUUCGCCGGCUCCAACUCCUACUGGAUUGGCUUCCUGACCAACAACGCGGACGUCGACCUCGUCUUCGACCAUAUGAGGCAGUCCGGGCUCAAGAUCCUGCGCGUCUGGGGCUUCAACGACGUCAACGCGGUCCCUGGCCAGGGAACGGUGUACUACCAGCUGCACGCCAACGCGACGUCGACGAUCAACACGGGUGCGGACGGUCUGCAGCGGCUGGACUAUGUCGUGUCCUCGGCAGAGAAGCACGGGGUCAAGCUCAUCAUCAACUUUGUGAACAACUGGGAUGACUACGGCGGGAUGAACGCGUAUGUCAAGGCGUACGGGGAGACGAACCAUAAUGCGUUCUACUCGAACAAGGACAUCCAGAAGGCGUACAGGCGGUAUAUCCGCGCCGUGGUGUCGCGGUAUACCAACUCCCCGGCAGUCUUUGCGUGGGAACUGGCCAACGAGCCCAGAUGCAAGGGGUGCGACACCGAGGUGCUGUACCAGUGGAUCAAGUCGACGAGCCAGUACAUCAAGUCGUUGGAUAAGCGGCAUAUGGUCUGCGUCGGCGAUGAGGGCUUCGGACCCGACCUCCUCUCCGACGGCAGCUACCCCUACACCUACGUCGAAGGCAGCAAUUUCACGCGCAACCUCGCCAUCCCCACCAUCGACUUUGGGACCUUCCACCUGUACCCGGACAGCUGGGGCACGACCCACGAAUGGGGCAAUGGCUGGGUGCAAUCACACGGCGCCGCGUGCAAGGCGGCCGGCAAGCCCUGUCUCUUUGAGGAGUACGGCGUUACCUCCAACCACUGCGCGCUCGAGACGCCCUGGCAGAAGACUGCGUUGAAUACGACGGGGGUUUCGGCGGAUUUGUACUGGCAGUAUGGGGAUACGCUCAGCACCGAGCAGUCGCCGAACGAUGGUAAUACGAUUUACUAUGGGACGGAUGAGUUCAAGUGUAUAGUGACGGAUCAUGUGGCGGCCAUUAAGGCGAAGCAGGGGUGGGUUUAG